UUGUGAAAAUGUGUUUAUUUAAGAGUAGUUUAUGUGUUUUAAUAUUCCUUGCCACUUGUGCCGAAAUUAGCACGGAUGUGGAAGGCAGUUUGAUGUCGAUGAUGGACUUCAGGUACUGGCGAUGCGUCAUGAAGCGAGAGUGGAAAUGUCCAGAUAGCGAAGUAAACUUCUUCCUGUAUACACCGGAACGGCCGUACAAGCAAUGGAUCCACGUCGGCCACCGAGACCUCCGGGACUACGGCUGGAAACAGGCCAGGAAGAACGUCUUCAUAAUCCACGGAUUUAACGGAACACACGCUAAGACGCCCAUUUCAUACUUACGAGACGCAUAUCUUUCCCGUAAGGACUACAAUGUGUUUAUGGUGGACUGGUCAAUGCUGUCGAGGUUUCCGUGCUAUAUGUCCGCACUCUCUAAUAUGAGGUUGGCAGCUCAGUGUACAGCUCAACUAUACUCGUUGUUAACUCAAGCAGGGGCUUUAGCGAAGAUGACGACGUGCGUGGGACACUCCCUGGGUGCACACGUCUGCGGCAUGAUGUCCGAGCACCUCACGCAUAAGCAGUACAAAAUUGUUGGCAAGUAUUCUUCAGUUGCUUGAUUCACUGAAUAGUAGACCAG